AUGUUCACUAACCCGGACGAGCCGCUGUCGGUGCAUACGGCCGCUCUGCUCUCGGUCGCCCUUACAUUGAUCUUUGUGGCCCCAAUUUAUCUAUCACGAACCACGCGACCAACUCCGACUCUCAGCCGCGAUGCGCCGUCCGUGAUUCGUGCGCGCCUCAGCGCUCUCUCCAUCUCUUGCAUCGUGGGUUCUCUGAUGGUGCUCUGGAUUAUUGUCGAGAAAGGGAAUACCUCGCUCGCAGCUGCGUUGACGCUUCUCGGGUGGUGGCCGGCCCCGGUUACAGAGGAGAUCGUGUUUCGCUCCGCUAUUAUCUCAUUACAUAUUCUCGCAAAUUUGUCUCCCGACAAAAUCGUUCUGGUCACUCCACUGUACUUUGGCAUCGGGCAUAUCCAUCAUUUCUACGAAUUUCGCCUGACAAACCCCGACACCCCGCUCUUGGUGGCCCUGCUAGGGACUCUUUUCCACUUCACCUACGCCACCCUCUUCGGUUGCUUUGUCACUUUCGUCUACUUACGGACAGGUUCUGUAGUGGCUGUGAUCCUCAUCCACAGUUUCUGCAAUUGGUGCGGCUUGCCGCGUUUAUGGGGGCAUGUCGAGGCGGACCCGCGUUUCCAAGUAGGAAAAGAAGGGGACAGACCACUGCAUGUUGGAUGGACUGUGGGGUAUUACCUCCUCCUGCUCCUUGGUGCAAUGUCCUUUGGUCAGCUUCUGUGGCCGUUGACCGAGUCGGAUCAUGCUUUGGUGUCCUUCUCGUCCCAAAGUUGA